AUGACUACAGUAAAAGGUACAGUUAUGGUUACAGAAAAACAUGUGGCUAUGUUUUACCUUCAGUCAAAGAGUUGCUUAAAUAUAAUGCGAAAAAUCCGGUUCCACGUUGUACAACACACCCUAGUAUCAGGAGGGUGGGGUUUUCUUAUUCAUAUACCACAAUAUUUAGUUUGUAGGAAGGGUGAAGAAGCUUUGAUUAUGAUUAACAUGUUCUUUAGUUUUACUGGGAUCCAAGCCGCAGCAUUUAUAAAUGACAGGACAUGUAUAUUCAGAUAUCUAUACCACUUACACUCUAGAAUCCUCACCACAUAUUUCACAGUGUACAAAACUCAUCAAAUCCAACCCCUAGUCCAAUUGACAUUGCGAAUUUGA